AUGAGUAAACUUGAUAGAUACCAUAUGAUGAUAGUUGUACGGUAUUUUAAAUGUGAAUAUGAAUAUGAAAUUAAUAAUGUCGUGUUGGUCUGCAAAAAGUUCAAAAACAUCAUGGAGAUGUUUCAUUACAACCCAGUGUCGGUUUAUACAGAAACAAUCAAAUACUUUCCAAACAUUGAAACACUUCAUCUAUAUUAUAAUACUGGCGAAACAUUUGGCAACUCAAUUUUACUAUAUGUUGAACCAUACGAAUAUACCGAACAGGACACCAAUGACAGUUACAAAGAUGUAUCAAAUGGAGAUGAAAAUGGAGUAACAAAGGAGUUUUUCCAGAUAGUUAUUUGGUUUAACGUCAAUUACAGGACAGUUGUCAAAAACAGAGGCAAAAACAUAUUAUUUAAAAACGUGACGUAUACUAAAUACGACCGAAUGAAAUUUGGCGAAGAGAUUCCACCAACAGUCACAUCUCUUGGUGAGUACUGCUUCUCUCGGUGCACAAAUCUGAGUAGUAUUAUAAUCCCACAAAAUGUGGCAAGUAUAUGUAAUAAUUGUUUCUCUUGGUGCAAAAAUCUAAGUAGCAUCACAAUCCCACAAAGUGUCACUUCUAUUAGUUACAGUUGUUUUUACGAUUGUUGUUCUUUGAAGAGUGUUUAUAUGCCAAACGUGAUUGGAUCUAUUGGACUGAGAUGCUUGUGUGGUGACGCAACUAUGUAUGGAGUAGACUUACCGUCAAGUGUUGAAGAGCUCAAUGGUUAUAAAUUUACACAAACAAAUGAAUCGAAUGGUUUUAUAAUACCACAACAUGUCAAUACAAUAGGCGAAUCGUGUUUUUGUGAAUGUUCUACAUUGGAAAGUAUCGAAAUCCCUUCAACUGUAACAUCACUGGAAUUGGGGUGUUUCAGUGAGUGUGACAUGUUGAGCAGUAUAACACUACCAUCGACAAUCACAUCAAUGCCAUCAAAUUGUUUUGAUGGAUGUCAUAAAUUGACUGGAAUUAAAAUACCACAGAGCGUUGAGUGGUUGGGAUGUUAUUGCUUUUAUAGAUGCCAAAGUCUGAAAAGUAUCAGAAUACCUAAAAGUGUACAUUCGUUUGGAGAUAAAUGUUUUGACAAAAAUACAAAAGUUAUACGUGACUGA